AUGUGGGCCGCCGUCCGGGCUGGACAGAUAUCUAUACGGUACGCCAGGCGGACUAAAAGUUACGCUGCAUACAAUAUCGACGAACUUUACAACCGAGCCAAGGACGCAAUCGCAUUCACCGAGCAUGAACGAAUCCUCCUGAACAACGCAUUGCUGCAGCUUUCGCACUGCCAAGAAUGGAGCCGCAAUUUGUACGCCAAGGGGGUUCCUCCGUUCUUAAUCAGCAGCGCUGAGUUUAGAGACAAGUUCAUAAGGCACGUUGACCAUGACCAGGAUGCGAAGCAGGCCGUCCGGUCAUGCAUGAUAUCGGCUGUGACGAGUCUGCACCUUCCUGCUGAUGGCACAAAUCGGAAAGCUGACAGUAUAACUCCGGUAUGUGAAGCAAUAAUAUUGCAUUUGACAGAGUAUGUGCGGCGAGAAAUGCCGCAGACGAUGCUGGCAUUCCACGGUGCCAAGCAUCUGGCGGACCUCACCAACCCACUUCAGGAAUUUCCACCUCGCCCAUUCAGGCGCCGUGUGAUUGCGCAUCUUGGACCUCCUAACAGCGGUAAAACACAUGAAGCGCACAGGAGUCUCUGCGCAGCAAAAUCGGGGGCAUAUUGUUCACCUUUGCGGCUGCUGGCAUGGGAGAUGCGACAACGACUGUCUGAGGCAGGCUUGCAUUGCUCACUUUUAACAGGCCAGGAGAAUGUUUCUAACGAUGGAGAUACGCAUCUGGCGUGCACGGUAGAAAUGACGCCACUUCACCGGGAUUACGGCUGCGCCGUUAUCGACGAGAUGCAGAUGGUCGGCGACGCCAACAGGGGAUUCGCUUGGACACGUGCCUUCCUCGGUAUACGGGCACCUGAGGUUCACAUAUGUGGCAGCAUAUCUUGCUACACGUUGGCUAAGAGUCUCUGUGAUAUUGCUGGAGAUUCGCUCGAAGUUACGGAGCAUGCGAGGCUCGGGCAAAUAGCGGUUAUAGAUGAACCAAUGUCAAUUGAUGAUUUACAACCAGGCGACUGUGUCGUCUGUUUUUCAAGGGGCACUGCGCUGCGACUCGUAGAGAACAUCGAACGCAGCUGUUUCAAAAACGAUGGAUCGAAACCGCUCUCAACGGCGGUAGUGUACGGUUCGUUGCCUCCAGAAACUCGUACGCGCCAGAUUGACGACUUCAAUUCCAGGCGAAAGUGCAUUUUGGUCGCAUCCGACGUCAUCGGAAUGGGUGUGAACGUGCGCAUAAAGCGCGUUAUAUUCCAUACGGUUAAAAAGUUUGAUGGGAUGAAACGACGACGGCUAACUGCGGCGGAGGUUCAGCAGAUCGCAGGACGUGCUGGCAGAUACGGGUUGGACUGUGGGAACGGUUACGUCGGUUGCAUGAGGUUCGAAAACAUAGGGUACGUCAAGCGGAUGAUGGAGAAGAAGCAGGAGCAGCUAGAGCGUGCUGUUGUGGCGCCAUCGCCGGUCACAAUAGCCGCUUUUGCCGACGCUGUGCAAUCGGCUACAGAUCCGCCGGCCACUCUGGCUGAAGCUAUCCAGAUGUAUCGCAUAAUGGCGCAGGCCGGCGGUACGUUCGAGCUCUGUGAUGUACAUGCGCUCAUAAAAGUUGCCAAGGCUCUAGAGCGUAUCGAGUUGCCGACUCAAACGUUGGUGGAGUACCUUUUUGUGCCCCUGGGAUCCCAACCGGCCCUGCAGCUGGUGCUGCGCUCUUUCGCACUAAGCCACGCUGUUCUUAACACUGUCAAGAUCCAGAAUGUAGUACACACAGAUGCUAUGGAGCUUCUGCAAACUCACGGUACUAUGAUAAAAGACGAAAACAAUUCUGAAGGCGGCCAAGGUAUCCGUCAUGAUGUGAUGCGACGUCUAGAAAUGCUAUACCAAAUUCUAGAUGCCUAUGCGUGGUUAUGGCAUAAAUUCCCCGACGUAUACGUCGACUACCACGCCGUCGUCGCCGCCAAGGCCAACAUCUCCACAGCACUGCAAGAGCAUCUAGUGUAUCUCUCCGUUCAUACUUCCACGUAUGAAGAGAACGAAGAAGAUGAACACGGUGUAGACGCUGACUUCGUGAGGAAGCUGAUAAUGUAA